AUGGCAGGUGGGAGCGAGGACGACCUCAGCACGAGGAUGUCCACUGAGGAAGAGAACACGGAGGAAAAGCCUUUCUCUGAGGCUGAAUUCAAACACUACCAAGAACAAAAGGUGGAGAUUUCAAAUGCAAUCAAUAAGACAUUUCCCUUCCUCGAGGGCCUCAGAGACCAUGGCUUCAUCACCAAAAGAUUGUUUGAAGAUUCUGAACUGUCAUGUAGAAACCUGGUUCCUGUGCAAAGAGUAAUGUAUAAUGUCCUCAGUGAACUGGAGAAGACAUUUAGCAGAUCACUUUUGAAAGCACUCUUCAGCGAUGUCAACAAGAAGGAAUAUCCGGGCUUAAUUCAGAUUUCCAAAAGCUUUGAGAAAGAGCAACUGGUGGAUCCGAACUGCACAUCUUUGGGUCGCCGGCCCAAGUCCUUCCGCCCAGAGCUUCCCAGAGCGGGCCGUGUUACUCCCACCGCCGUGGGUGACGGCCUCGCCGCGGGUUCGAGACCCGCCUUGGCCAUCACGUGGCUAACCGGAAGCUGCGUGCCAGCCACCGGAAGUCCACGCUCCUGCAUGGCGGCCGCUGUCGUGUCUGACCGCCGGCGUGAUGUUGGCUCAGAUACUGUGAAUGUUGCAGACAAACCUUUGGAAAAACAAAAGAGGAGAAGAGAUCUAAGAAAGCAUGUAGCAGAAGCUGUGGAUUUUUCUUCCUCUGUACUGCCUGUGACUUGUGGUGAGGUGAAGGGGACUUUAUACAAGGAGAAAUUUGAACAAGGAGUCUCAGAGAAAUCCAUUCAGCAUGAAGAUGGAAACUGGUUCACCCCCAUCGAAUUUGAAAUCAGAGGAGGCUACGCGAGAUCAAAGAACUGGAAGCUGAGCGUGCGCUGUGGUGGACGGCCUCUGCUGUGGCUGAUGAAGGAAGGAUUCCUCCCUCAUCCACCAAGAGGCCCUCACUGGAGAAAAAUGCUGGGGAACUCUGAUGACUGUGAGGUGUGCCGCGAUGGAGGGGACCUGUUCUGCUGUGACACUUGCUCAAGGUCCUUCCAUGAGCGCUGUCACAUUGCACCUGUGGAGAAGGAGAGGACCCCGUGGAGCUGCAUCUUCUGCAGGGUGAAGGCUUCUUCAGGAGGCCAGCAGUGUCAACAGGAAUCUGAGAUCCUGGAGAGGCAGAUGUUGCCCGAGGAACAGUUGAAAUGUGAGUUCAUCCUCUUGAAGGUCUAUUGCUGUUCAGAGAGCUCCUUUUUUGCCAACAUUCCAUAUUAUUACUAUAAUAAAGAGGUUUCUGGGGACCUGAAGGAACCCAUGUGGCUAAAUAAAAUCAAGAAGAAACUUGAUAAGAAGAGUUACCACCAGGUGCAGGGAUUCGUGCAGGACAUGCGCCUCAUCUUCCACAACCACAGAGCAUCCUACAAGUACAAGGACUUUGGUCAAAUGGGACUGAGGCUGGAGGCUGAAUUUGAGAAGAAUUUCAAGGAAGUGUUUGCUAUUCAAGACAUAAACGAGAACGAGAAGAGCCCACUGGUACAUGAAUGA